AUGGUUUCCCUUACAGAGGGAGUCAAGAAGGGGAUGUCUCGCUCGGAGUUUCGGGCCUACAUCAAGGCCCUGAAACACGAGAUGAUCAGAAAGGUCUAUGCCGAGCAGGGAGAGCAGUGUCCCCCGCUUUCCCCAGAGCUUAGCCCUUGUGCCCCUGAACCCCCCGGGCCUGCUGUCUCGAAGCCUGCGAUGUCUACCGAAGAGUUCAGGGCACAUUGUCAAAGGAAGAAAGAUGGUUUCGCGGAGGAGAUGAAUGCUUUUAUUCAUUCCCCGGAACCCCUUGACCUUUCCACCCCCGCGCCUCCUGUGUCUUCGAGGAAAUUGAACAAGAAAGUAAAGUUGAGCCCGCUGACCGAGGAAUCCACUGCGGAACCUAGAAUCAAGGAUGUCCGCAAGAGACGUGCUGCUCCUGCCGGUGGGGCUGGAGCAGCUCCAAUGAAUCCUUUCUCCGCCGCUCCGACUCCGACUCCCGCCUCCAAUCCUUUUUCUCCGGCUCCGUCAGCCCAACCCUCUGGCUUUAGCUUCGGCCAAAGCCAGAGCUUCCCGGGUGCCGUUUCACAGCCUAGCCAGCCGACUCUGGGCGGCUCGGGUCCUUUUUCAUUCGGCAGCAGCAAGCCGACGGGAUUCAACUUCGCCGCGGGUCCGUCAACACUGGACAGCUCUUCCGCACCCAAGAAUCCCUUUUCUGUCCCGAACCCUUAUGCCGAUAAGCCCCUGUCAACUCCCAGCACGAGAGCUAAUUUCACCGCCCCGGCUUCUGGCAUCUGGAGCACUUCGCAUGAUCCGGCCACGAGCGGUCUUGCAGGAAACAGCGUGUUUGGCCAGCCCGCUGCAGAUUCCAUGCAAACCUCGCCCGAUGGCAAGCACGAUUCAACGGCUUUGGGGGGUGCUGGUUCUUCGUCCAGGUUUAAGCCUCCUCCGUCCGGUGUGAAUCUUUUCGGCACAAUGACGAUGCCAUCUUCGACCGGGGAUACCACCAAGGAAAAGACUGCCCCCACGUCCGACUUCAAAGCGUCGACCAGUCUGUUUACACCAAAGCCAGCAAGCACUACGGAUGCUUCUUCAAAGCAGCAGCCAUUCAAUUCGUUGUUUGGAGCUUCCCCGGCACCUAAGCCGGCCGAGAAAGUUGACUCCAGCAACCCUUUCAUGCCCAAGCCGCUAGAGAAUACGGCGGGCACUACCUCAACCGAACAAUCCUCAAAACCUCUGUUUGGAGCAUCACCGGCACCGAAGCCGGCUGAGAAGGUUGACUCCAGCAAUCCGUUCAUGCCCAAGCCGGCCGAGAAAACGGGUACUACCCCAGCGCAGCCAUUCAAGUCUUUGUUUGGAGCUUCCCCGGCAUCCAAGCCGGCUGAAAAUGCUUCACCUAGCAACCCCUUCAUGCCCAAGCCGGUAGAGAAGACGGCGGGCACUACAUCAACAGAACAGUCCUCGAAAUCUUUGUUUGGGGCAUCUCCGGCAUCGACGCCCGCUGAGAAAGUUGACUCCGAAAACCUUUUCAUGCCCAAGCCAGCAGAGACUGCGGAUAUUGCUCCAAAGCCACAGCCGUUCAAGUCUUUGUUUGGGCCAUCUCCGGCACCAAAGCCGGCUGAAAAAGUUGACUUCAGCAACCCUUUCAUGCCCAAGCCAGCGGAGACGGCUGCUGCCACUUCAGAGCAACAGCCCUUCAAGUCUCUGUUUGGGGCUUCUCCCGCGCCGAAGCCGGCAAAUGAACAGCCUAAGGCUUCUCAUGAAGUCGUGCCCAAGCCUGCCCCCCAGAAAGUUGCACCAGAACCUGCCAAAGAAGCUACGGCACCCCCAUCCCAAAAGGUUUCCAGUACUGCUCCGGCUGUACCCUUCCAGAUCCCUAAGUCCGACAUUCCUGCCGGUGGGAGUAAGAAGGACAGGGAGGCCACGGAGCUGAUCUACAAAGUUCAAGCGCUGAACGAGUCUUUCAAGCGACAAAUCAACAAGUUGGACACUUCCAAGGAUGAUUUUGAUAAACUCAUCCAGUUCUAUUUGAAAUGUCGGGACUCCAUCGGUGCUCCAGUUGCCAUCAAAGCUGAUUCUCAGGCGAAGAAGACGCCAACAACACAUAUCAGCGUCCAAGCUCAGCUGGGGGAAACGGCUCAAGCGCAGCAAGGAACGACCCAAGCGUCGAGCGACUCUACCACUGCCAACGUUUUUGCGAAAUCGUUUUCUGCACCGGCGCCCACCCCCGCUCCGCCCUCCGACCCCGCUCCGCCGUCUGCCUCUGUUACACAACCCCACACUGCGACGCCUCCUAUAACUGCUACGCCCUCUGAGCCUGUUACAUCAGUGCCUGCUGCGGAGUCAGAGUCUGUUCCUGCGUCCAAACCUACUCCGCCGUCCGACAACGCUCCGCCAUCCGGGACUCCAAAUGAGGAUGCUCCCGCUUCGGUGGCUACUAGCACUGGAGACACGGUUGCCAAGGAACCUUCUGAGAAGAACGCUGUUCCUGCGGCCCAGCCAAGUGCUGAGGCCCCCGCGCCUCCAGUUUCUAUCCCGCGUUUCGGCAAUGGUACUUCCGGCACAGACUUCAUGGUCCAGUUCAAGAAAAUGUCGGAGAAGACUGCCGCCGAAGAGAAGGCCAAGCGCAAGGCGGAGGAGUUUGAUUCUGACGAGGACAAUGAAGAAGAAUGGGAGCGCCAAGAUGCUGAGCGCCAGCGCGAGAAGCGCGCAAAGAUUGAGGAAGCUGGGAAGAAGCGGACCGAGUAUGUGCCUGGCGAGGGCUUCAAGUUUGUCGACAAGACUGCGGCCUCCAUCUUCCAACCCGCAACGCAGUCGCCUGCCACGAGUGCUCCUCCCGCCGUCUCUUCUUUCACCUUCGGGGGUUUGAGUCAACCUACUCCCGGCGUGGAGAACAUUUUCGGCCGCCCCCCUACCGCACCGCAGCAGACUCAGGCGUCGGUGAAUUCCCAAGCUCCCUCUUCCUCGAUCUUUGCCACCCCGAGUGGACCGGUCCCCAACUCGCAGAACAUCUUUGGGGGCCUUUCUUCAACUCCUCAGCAGGCUACGACCCCGCAGCAGAAGCCAGAGUCCAUGGACUGGCACCUUGGCGCGCGAGGCCCCAAUUUCAAGCGUCGCACCCCCGACAAGAACAACGGCGAUGACGACAGUGAAGAGGGCGAGGGCGACCAUGAUUUUGAGGCUGCGCUCCGCAAAUCCAAGUGGUCCAAGCCGUCCCCAACAAUGAGCAAGUCGAGCCUGAACGCGCCUCUUCCUGCACCAACUGCCGCUGCCGGUCGUAGUCUGUUUGACCGGGUGCAAUCCUCUCCUGCCCCCACGGGCCCCACCGAGAACACCUCGGUCCUCGCCUCGGACGUGGUCUUUUCAGAUCCGCCCCCGAUGGCCACUCCCACCGUGACGGCUCCCGUGACCCCGUCGGUGUCCAUCUGCGAGGGCGAAGACGGCGAGCCGGGUGAAGUCUUCGACCUGGCUCGGAGCAACGUCGGUGAGGAGGAGGAACAGGUGGUCUUUGAGUGCCGGGCCCGUGCAUUCAAGCUCAAUUCCCGCUGGGAGGUCCAGGGAACGGGCAUUGUUCGGCUCCUCCUUCACCCGGGGAGCCGGCGCGCACGUCUCGUGCUGCGUGUCGAUCCGAGUGGUGGUGUCAUCCUGAACACCCUCCUGAAAAAGGAGCUGAACUACCACCGGAGCGACAACAGUGUUCAGUUCAUGGUCCCCCGGGCUGGGGAUCGAGCUGAGCAUUGGGCAAUUCGGGUCAAGCCUGAGUGCUUGGACGGUUUCUACGGUUCGAUCCAGAAGAUCAAGAACUAG